AAAUUUAUAGCAAAAAAUAUUACUCAACAAAUAACCGAAAGUCAACUCGCUGAAACAAUUAAGAAUUCUCGCGGAAGAUUACUCCCCGGGUUCAUCCCAUAUUCGGCUGUACGGAAUAUUAUUCAAGAAAAUCAAAUUAAAUGGAAGGAACCUGCCAUAAAUUGCUUAGAUGGCAUUUACAAAAUUAUGAAAGAUUUGGUGUGUAAGGCCGUAAAAGAUAUCUUUUCAAGAUUUCCUAAUUUAGUAGGAAAUGUGAGAGGUAAGACCCUAGAUUUGCUUGAAGAAUGUAGAAAACAAACAGCAGAGAGAAUAAACUUUAUGUAUCAAAUGGAACUAAACGCUCAUAAGUUUACGCUUGAUGAGCAAACGAUGAUAGAAUCAAAAGCGAAAUAUUUAAGCGAACUUCAUCAGGGUGUAAAAGAUAAUAAUGAAAGCCCAACAGAUACUUUAGAAGUCGUAGCAUCAGUUAUGGCAUACUUGAAAAUUGCAAUUAAACGUUACGUUGACGUAAUUUCUAUGACGAUAAUUCACAAAUUUAUUGAUGAAUUUAGUAAACUUGUUGAAGAAAAAUUAAUGGAAUCAUUUAUUUUGAGUAAUGAUAAAGAUGGAUCAAUCGACGAGUUGGUUAAAGAAGACGAUGGUACAAAAUAUUUAAGAGAGAAAUUAUUAAGUCAUGAAAAGCAUUUAAGAGAAGUUUUGGAGAAACUUGUUAAUUUUGACGGUUAUC